UGCACCAUUCGUGGUUGAUAUAUAUAGGCAAACACCACCUCCUUGCUUUUUCCCCGUAACUCCAGGGCAGCGAUCGGUACGAAAAGGGAUGCCAAACCCAUCAAUAAUUACAGAAUUAUCAGGGACACUGUUCUUUAACCAUGUCUCAGUAAGAGCCAAGAUACAAGCAUCCUUAUAAUCAUCUUGAAAACGUACCAUUGCCUGUAGAUCGUCGAUCUUACUUCUGAGGGACUGGACGUUAGUCAUGAUCAUAGACGGGAGAGGAGUCCGGUUUAGCCGAGACUUCCUCGGCUUCCUCUGACGGCACCCAUUCACUGCAGAGGAUCCAUUGUUGAGGCCUAGUGACUGGUGACCCAGCGAUUCAGUGCCACAGAUACAGAACUCUUCAUCCACCCCCAUCUGUUCCAGUCCAUUAGCUUGGGAGAUGGGCCUGAGCCUGCGGUAAAUGCUUUCCAGAACAUUCUAAUCCCACUCAUCUCUGUGUCUCUCGUUGCAACAUACCAGCUACACCACAGAGAUCCAUUCCAUCCCCAUGACAACAGCGACAACAUCCCCACUUCCCAGUUCCAGAUUCGGUUGCCUCUGCAAGGAUACAUUUUGUCGUCCUCUGAGGAACAUGCUGAUGAUUCAUCUCCCCUCAUAUUAAUGAUGAGAAACAAACUCAUCUCGGAUGGCCUGAGGGUGAGUACAUUUUCAGGAAAUGUUCUUUUUUGGGUGAUUUAUUGCUUUUAUCAAAAAUGUCCUAACUUGCUCUAAAAUGACUUUCCUUUUUGUUUCACGUCAGAACAGCAUGGCUGGAGAAAACAGUCCCAACAUCUUUCAGGCACUCCUCUCUAGCCACCUGUCUGCUAUGAGCAUCGACGGACACAUGGAGAAGGAAGUCUUACAGAACAGUAUAUGGAACAACAUGAGGCAUUCCUUGUCCUGUUGCCUCACAUGCUGGUCAUGAGUCCCAGCGUCGUCCCACUGGGAUCCAGCUGUUCUUCGGACUGUCCGUUUUUUCCAGGAACCGACAAUGUCACAGUCCAUUACUGCAGGAACAUUUAUUAAAAAGAGCUUGUUCAUUGAUUCAGAACAUUUUAGAUGAAUCAAAGUCAGACGUCAGAACUUCAAGGGCAGAGGAAGAGUCUCACAGGAACUCAAAAAGGAAACAUGAGGUGGUGGUGGUGGUGAGAAACUGGCAGCGUUUUCAUGAGGAAUGAGGCAGGUUUGGGCUAUUUUGUAUAUAAACCAAAGACGCCAACAAGAGCUGAAAUCGAAAGAGAAGAGGAAGUUGUGAAGGACUUUUCUGAGAUAGCAGCGUGACAACACCGGACCGUUUGAGAGAAAUAAAUCUCAGUAAACAUGCAGCCCACUAUGGAGGAGUUCGAUUCAGAGGAUUCUGGUGUUCAAGAUGUGGGACCUCAAAUCAACGGGCUGGUGGUCCAGAUCCUGCAGACGAUGUCAGUGCUGCUGGUGCGGAUCAGACAGAAGCUUCUGGAAAUGGCUAUUCUGAUCUGUGUCAUUCUGCUGGUGUUCUGGGUGGCUUUAUUCCUCUAUGGCAGUUUCUAUUAUUCCUUUAUGCCCACAGCCAAUUUCAUCACACCUGUCUACUUCUUCUACAGCAGGACUGAUUGUCCAUCUCCCCAUCACUCUAUGUGUUCUUUCCCUGUGGCUAAUGUCUCUUUACUGAAAAAUGGAAAACACCAGGUAAUGACAUACGGUCAGCCCUAUCAGAUCACACUAGAGCUGCAAAUGCCUGAGUCUCUAGCCAAUCAGGAGCUGGGAAUGUUCCUAGUGAAAAUGACUCCCUAUUCUAAAGACGGUCAGAUUGUUGACAUAUCGACACGUUCUGCAAUGCUCCAUUAUCGCUCCUCUCUUCUUCAGGCUCUGGGCACAGUGGUCUUCUCCCCCAUGCUGUUAACAGGAGCGUCGGAGCAGAAGCAGUCAGUCAUAGUGGAGCUGUAUUCUGAAUUCAAAGAUGAUUCUUACAACCCCACUGUUGGAGCCAUCAUUGAGAUCCAUUCCCAGCGUAUUCAGAUCUACAGAGCUCAUCUCUACAUCUUCGCUCACUUUACAGGCAUCAGGUACCUGCUGUAUCAUUUCCCCCUGAUUUCAGCGCUGUUGGGAGUGAUGAGUAACUUUACUUUCCUCAGUUUGAUCAUCGUUCUCAGCUUCCUGCAGUUUAAUCUGGGCAGUCGCAGAACUCGUGGAAAGGCUGUUAUGCGACAAGAAGAAAAUGAUGAACCAGAUGACCUGAAUAAUCAGUCUGAACCCCAGGAUGAAGGAAAGGCACCAGAAAGUUUCGACAGCAUAGAGUGCAAUUCGGCGGAGGUGGAAGAAUCCAUUCCAGACGUGGGGGUGGAGGAGAGUGACAGUGACUCCAGAGAACUCACUGAAGAUGAAUCCACCUGUGAGGCUGGGGUUGGAGAAAUGAUUUUGAGGCACAGGCAUUUGUCACAGGGCACAUUACAGUCACCUCAAGCGUUAACAGACAUCACAGAUAAAACUUACUACCGUGUUGGUGUCUGUUCAAGCUGCUAGAGAGCGAAUGGAGUCAUCUGCUAAAUGAGGGUAAAGGUUAAGAAAAGCAAAGGCCACCCACUGGACUUCAUAGAUUUGGUAACAAUGUCCUUGUUUUAAAAAUGUGGACUUCAUGCUAGCCCUAAUCACUUGUAUCAUUAUUGUAAAAAAAAAAAUCAAGACAACCACAAAUAUUCAGUAUAGUAUUUUAUUACCAUUUAUUGUCUAUAAAUAUAGACAUAACCUGUAUAUCCAAAACGGACCUUUAUAGACAUAUCCUUUGUUGUUGUUGUUAUUAUUAUUAUUAUUAUAUUCCACAACACUGAAAACAGUGAGAGUGUGCCAAUAAAUGGCCAAAGGGGGAGCAUGUCAUUUGUUUGUGGUUUAUGUCUGGAAAAUAACAUUAUUGAUUUGCAUUCAUUUACAUGUAUUCCACUUUUUAAAAAAAAGCAGAGACAACUAGAGAAAUAUCCACUUGUGUUGUAAGAAGGAACUAAAGGAUAUUAUUACUUUACUGCCAUUUAUAAUAAUGAUUUUAACAUGAAAACUAUUUGAAAAAUAAAUAAAUAAAGUUGUAAAAAUAUGUCAUAAUAUUGGCUUUACUCUUUUUAUACUGAUUUUACAAAUAAAAACACUGCAUAAUAGUAGA